AUGACUCAGGAUGAAACAUGGAAAUUCUCCCAAUGCUUUGGAGAUAAGGGAGAUAUAGAGAAUAUCACGGAAGCAGACAUUAUAUCCACAGUUGAAUUCGACAGCACCGGAGAUUUCUUAGCAACUGGAGAUAAGGGGGGACGAGUUGUGCUAUUUGAAAGAAGUCACAAUAAGAAGAAACAAAACUGCGAAUACAAGUUUUUUACCGAGUUUCAGAGUCAUGAUGCCGAAUUUGAUUAUUUGAAAUCGUUGGAGAUUGAAGAGACGAUAAAUAAAAUUAAAUGGUUGAAAAGUGGUACUGAUGCAUUGUAUCUUUUAUCAACCAAUGACAAGACAAUCAAGUUGUGGAAGAUUCAAGAAAGGCAAAUUAAAUUGGUCUCGGCCAAUAACCUUAAUGGAAUGAGCCAUUAUUCUAACGAUGGUGGUGGCAUAUCAGCAUUGAAAUUGCCCCAAUUGGAAUUACACGAUAAAUUGAUAUCAGCACAACCUAAAAAGAUUUAUUCUAAUGCCCAUGCAUAUCAUAUAAACUCAAUUUCUGUGAAUUCUGACCAAGAGACAUUUAUAAGUGCCGAUGAUUUAAGAAUAAAUUUGUGGAACUUGGGCAUAGCUGAUCAAUCAUUCAAUAUUGUUGACAUCAAGCCUACAAAUAUGGAGGAAUUGACCGAAGUCAUCACCAGUGCUAAAUUCCAUCCGACACAAUGUAAUUUGUUCAUGUACAGUUCUUCAAAGGGAACGAUAAAGUUGUCCGAUAUGAGAUCGAAUUCGUUAUGUGACACCCAUUCCAAGAUUUUCGAAGAGUAUUCCGACCCAUCGUCACACAAUUUCUUUACUGAGAUCACCAGCUCUAUCUCAGAUGUUGAAUUCAGUGCUAAUGGCCGUUAUAUUGCUUCAAGAGAUUAUAUGACGGUGAAAAUUUGGGAUUUGGCAAUGGAGAGCAAACCAGUAAAGACAAUCAAUGUGCAUGAACACUUAAGAGAUCGGUUGUGUGAUACUUAUGAGAACGAUUCUGUGUUUGAUAAGUUUGAAGUACAAUUUAGCGGUGAUAGUAGAUCUGUAAUGACUGGCUCAUACAACAACAAAUUUAUGAUAUAUCCAAAUGUGACUUCGGGAGAUGAUGGCAAGACAUUCAAAGCAUCGUCCAAACUGAAGAAGAAAAAGAGUAAAAGGGAACGUGCAGGUGGUGCCGAUGAUGAUGCCGAUGGAGAUGAGGAUGAAGAAGAAGAUGACGAUAACGAAGAAGAAGAAGCUGAUAACGACGAUGAGUUUGAUCAAUUGGACUCACCACCUAAUAACAAGAACUCCCCCAUUUCACAGUUGGAAGAUGAGGAUGACCAGGAAGAGAUUAUUUUACAAGCGGAUAAAUCUGCAUUCAAGUCGAAAAAGACAGGCCAUCAUUCAUCGAGAAGGAGAAUGAUGAGUGGAGGAGUGUCUAAUCUUGGACGUGAUUAUGAUGAUAUUGAUUUCAAAAAGAACAUCUUACAUUUAUCAUGGCAUCCAAAGGAGAAUUCAGUGGCUAUUGCAGCAACCAACAAUUUAUACAUUUUUUCAACUCUAUAG